GUUCCUGUUUGAAUCUCGGCGGCUCGGGGAGGAGUUUUCAACGCGUAGUCUGCGCCGUUGCUCGGGACUGCCAGGCUCGCUGAGGUUCCGCGCCCCGGCCCUUCCCCGUCCCCCGCUCGGGAUCCCUUGUCCUCCCUUGUCUGCGCUCGCGGCCUACGAGUCCUAGCCCGGCAGAAUGAGUCUGCAGAUCUUAAAUGACGAAAAUGUUUGUGGUGACAUAACUGCAGAAACUUGUGACUUCCUGUUUUCACCACCGGAGCUAACAGGAAGAUCAUCAAUUUUUCGUACAUCCCAGAAAGAAAAUGUGCCACCGAAAAGUACAGCAAAAGCUAUGAAAGUAACUUUUCAAACUCCUUUGCGGGAUCCACAGACAAAUAGAAUUUUAAGCCCGACCAUGACAGGUAAAAUUGAGAACUCUUUUAGUCUGGAUGAUUGUACAGAUGAUUUAAAGAAUUCUCACCCUCCUGCAUCAAGAUAUGAAAAAAAUCAGCAGGUAGCCAAGGAAGUCGAUAGGAGAACUACGAAUGAAGAUCCUCAAAGACAAGAAACAAAUCCUGCCUGUUCUCUGGAUGAUCUGCUGCCAGUGAAAAGUAGUGGCUCCUACAGUAUUGACUUGGAGGGUCUGGAGGAUUUUGAUCCAUUUGUAAAGUCGUCCCAGAUUCCAAGGUCUUUUGAAAGUUUGUUAAAGUCUCCAGUAGUAACUGACCCUGAAAUUCUUUUAGAAGAAAUUAACUGUUACUCGUUGGAUGAUAACUUUCUACUCAUUUCCGAAGGCUCUAAAGGGUCCCCAGGAAUAAAAUCUUCCGGGAGCCCUGAAAACAUCUCAGAGACAAGUUGUGAUGGUGUAAGAUCUGCUUCGUUGACUGACAAAAGCACUAAUGAAAUAAGUAGAGGAUCAGCCUUAGAGGAUGAGUUGGAUGGUGGUGUGGUAACCCAGCAUCUUAUUGUGAAUGAAGUGGUAUCCAGUGAGGAAGAACGGAAGUCAUCUUUGGACUCUGGGCAGCCUGAAGAACCAGUUUCUAAUCCAGCGCAUGAUAUCCAGUCUGCCAGUGUAUCAACGCAUUUGGUAGCUUGUAACUCUGACUUUGUCAGCACUGAUGGAAAAAAGACGAUUGAUUGUGAAUCACCAAACCUUCCCCCUGUAGAAGAGAAGCCUGUGCAAGUGGUUGGACCUUUGAAAGGCCAGCCUGUAAAACUAGAAUUUGACUUUUCUGAUAAUGUUUCUGUCAAACCACCACCAAGUAAACUAAGGAAGGGGCCUGUAUUUAAACCUCUUUCCAAGAAACCUGCAACCCAGGAGAAAGUGACAAAAAACUUGGCAAAGGAAAGCAAAUGUCAGGAUAAAGAAAAUAUGGACCCUCUUCCGAAGGGAUCUUAUAAUUUAGAUUGGGACAAACUUAAUGAUCCAAACUUUAACCCGUUUGGAAAAAAGUCUAAGCCUUCCAUUUCUGAUCACCAGAAAUCUAGUAAUGAAACCCCUCAGCUUCAAGAGAAUCACAUAGCGCAGGACUGUCUCUCCAGCGAGGAGCCGACUAGUGUGACUGUGAUCGAUGUACCUAGAAGCCAGCAAGUUAUUACCCCUGUUGCUGCUGAAUCUGUGCUUCCAGUAGGAACAGAAACUUUGAUAGCAGGUGAUCAGGAGAACAGAGAAAAUUCUUCAGAUACUUCAGCUGACGCAAGCAGUCAGGUUAGUCCAGCAUUAACCACUGGUUCUGAACCCCCCCAGAAGGAUGAAUUGGAUACAGAUGUCAAAACAGAAACUGCCAUCUCUGAAGAGGCCUUCAGAUCUCCUUCACAAGUUUUAGGUACCGUUAUAGAAAUUGAUUAUUUGGAACAAUUUGGAACUUCUUCAUUUAAAGAUUCUGCCUUGAGAAAACAGUCCUUAUAUCUUAAAUUUGACCCACUUCUGAAAGAGAGCCCCAGUAAACCCACUCCUGUAACUACUGAAAUAACAAACAGCCUUGUGGACAUAGGCAAGCAAUCUCAGGAAAACCAAAAUGAUGCAAAACUUGAUGAAUUUGACUUCUUAGGAACACUUAAUAUUCCUGUGAUAGUACCUCCUCCUCCUGAUGUGACAGCCACAGAUUUAUCUGUUUCAGUAGAUGCGAUUAUAGAUGUAUUGAAAUAUAGCCAGAAAGACAUGGAUGUGGCUAUAGACAAAGUCAAACAAGAAGUUAAAGAAAAACAAAUGAAGAUUCAAGCAUUAGAGGACAAAUAUGAAAAAUUCCAUGCUGAAUAUUUAGCAAUGGGGAAAAUUGUGGAAGAAUAUGAAGGGAUAAUAACUCAGCUGAUGGAGGAUUCUCAGAGGCAGAAGGCAGCUGCAGCGGCCGAAAUCCAGACAAUUUUGUCAGAAAAACAGCAAAUCGCAGCAGACCUGAACUCCACGGAAAAAUCUUUUUCUGACCUUUUCAAACGACUAGAAAAACAGAAGGAGGUUUUAGAAGGAUAUCGAAAGAAUGAAGAAGCAUUGAAGAAAUGUGUUGAAGAUUAUCUACUAAGAAUUGAAAAGGAAGAGCGGCGGUACCAAGCUCUGAAGGCUCAUGCAGAAGAGAAGUUAAACCUAGCAAAUGAAGAAAUUGCCCAGGUUCGCAGCAAAGCAAAAGCUGAGACUCUAGCUUUACAAGCAAAUUUACGAAAGGAACAAAUGAGAAUUCAAUCACUAGAGAAAAGCCUGGAACAAAAAACUAAAGAAAACGAUGAAUUAACAAAAAUCUGUGAUGACUUGAUUUCAAAGAUGGAAAAGAUCUGACCUAGGAAUUUUGAAUUGUUCCAUCUUUUUUCAUUCUAGUCUUUGUUUCAAUGUUGCCAGUUAUGUACAUGUCAUGUUUAAUUGUCACGUGCACUUUCUUAACCUCUAUUUUUCCAUGUUGUAGAUAUACUUCAGUGUAUUUUUUUAACUUAGUAAAUUGAACUGUUUUUUUUAAAAAUGUGCUUGAAUAAAGGUUAAUAAUUCUUCA